CAGUAAGCACAAUUGCAUGCUUGGAAUUCUAGCUACUGACUUUUGCUUGUACGGACCAUCGUUUUCGAGAAGACGCUGAAAUGACUACCAGAGUGAACAGACACCUCAACAUGAAGCUCUUAUAGCUAACUUUUUCAACGUAGACAGCGGGCUGCUCGAGAUAUUUUCCCCAGCGACAGCAACGACAGCCUAAUGUUGCUAAACAACAAGCAUCUUUCAGUGUCAGCCAGAGUCAACAAUGUCUGCGGACCCCCUGCCUGAACACCCAGUCUGCAUCUGUGAUUUGGAGUUAGACAUCUUACAACCAAAGAACAUUUUCAAAAACCCCUGACUGCUGGUGUCUGUGGGCGUCAGCUUCCUUCUGGUUCCACUUCCUCGCCUCUGCUGUUGAUCAACACUUUCUCACCUUCUCUCGCACGCUUUAAUGGUUAGAGAAACUUCUUCAUCUGUAUGGGUAUCGGGCAAGGGCAUUUUCUGCUGGAGUUAACUUGAGCGAGGCACUGAAUCCCAAGCAGCUCUAGGAAUGCUUUGUAGUGGACUUUGACCUCUGACCUCUCUCAGACAGCAGAAAAUAGAAUUUCCCUGCAGGAAUCAACAAACUAUCACUCUGUUUAUCAAAUUAUUGGUAUAUUCACAUCCAAGAAAAGACUUUCAGCCUCAGACCGGGCCUCUCCAGCUCUCCUCCCUUUGCCACCCCCAGUACCAUGCUGGGUGCGCUCCUGCGGAGGAACAUGUCCCAGAAGCUGAGUGUGCUGCUGCUGGUAUUCGGCCUGGUAUGGGGGCUUAUGCUGCUGCGCUACACUGUGCAGCAGCCUCGCCAUCAGAGCAGCGCCGAGCUACGGGAGCAGAUCCUGGAGCUCAGCCGGCGAUAUGUCAAGGUCCUGACAGAGGAGAACCAGAAUGCACCAGGUGGGCCGCAGGGAACCUCCAUGGCUGGUUAUGCUGAUCUGAAGAGGACUAUAGCUGUUUUACUGGACGACAUUCUGACGCGGCUGGUCAAACUGGAAGGGAAAAUCGAGUUGGUAGUCAAUGCCUCCUCCACUAACACCUCCCACACAGCAGGGGGCAUCCUUGCUUCUGCUCCUGCUGCCUUACAGAAAUCCUCAAAGCAGGAGACACCUGGCAGCCACCAAGGGACAUCACGCCUUCAUCCACACAUCCCUAAAAGGCCUCAUCCACAUCAAGGAGCAUAGUCCUGAUAGAUGUAUUGAUUUUUUUAUUUUUUUUUAUUUUUUAUUUUAGCACAUCACACUUUUCCAGCAUCAGGCAAGUGAAAAGCAAUAGAGAGAGAGAUGGACAUCCAGAAACUUAAAUUUGGGAUGCUUCUCAGAAAUUUUCAGCCAAUUCAGAGGGAAGAAAGAGGACUUCUUUAUGCUCUGUCCUAUCAUAUGCUGAUAUUUAUUUAUUUUUUACCAAGACUAUCCAGCGCAGCUUUUUUAUAUUUGCAUUGCUGAUUUUAUUUGGCUUGAACUUUAGCAUUUUUUUUAAUAAUGCCAUGUUGGAAUCUUGUGACUGUUAAAGCAAAUGCAGAGAGGCGUAAACACUCUUGGAACUGAACCUGAUUCUCAUACGCUUUAUCAUAAAAAUGGCUUAAAAUGCUCCCCUAUAUACACUGUAAACUAUUUUACAUACUGCUUCAACAUAUCAUAAUGCUGAACUAAACAGUAUACUUAUGAUAGUUAGGAAUAGCUACAUUUCAGUUUUAGCUGGUGCAGUUGCUAAAUACUGUAUGAAGAAGAUUCUACUUUUAGCUUACAUAUAUAGUUUUAAGGAUAAUUAAACUGUGUACUUCACCUGUAAGAGAUAAUCCAAAGAAUGUUAUUUGCACUCCAUCUGAAGGCAGUAUAAAUGUGUAUUUACAGUUGCUGCAAGCCAGUUUGAGGUUUAUGCAGAAUAUGAUGGGGUGAUGCCUAUUUGCCACCAUAAAUAUGAGCGUGUGUGUGCUUUUUCUCAGUUGAAAUCCAAUGGUUCCCUUGCCUGGUGUUGAGAGAUGUUUUAAUUUAGGUGUGCAACAGAUUGAAUGUACUGUGUUGUCAGUCUUUAGCCCUGUAGUGCUGUUAAUAUGACUGACCUACUGCUUACACAUGUUCAGGGUUCAUGUUGCACUGUGACUCUAUAGAUAUUCUAAAAAUACUGCGCUCAAUCAACUUUGACUUUAAAGAUAUUUUAUGGAGGUGGGUGUACACCUCACCCUGUCCUGUCCAGAGGAAGAAGAUCUGUAAUUUGCUCAUUAUAAUGCUCAUUAACACGAUGACUGUGCGGCAAGAAAGAUUGACAAUGCUUUCAUCAAUACUAUUUGGGGAUUAUAUGAGACAAAGUCAAUGUGGGUGUCAUACCAAAAUAUCUGGGGGGUAAAAAAAUGUUUCACAAUGUUGCUCACACAUUACAAACUUAACUCUGUGAAGGCCUCUAGACUGAAUUAUAAAAUGGUGCAUUGACUGUAUCUGCAUUGAGUGAUGCCAUAAAUGUACUUUGCUUCAUAAUGCUAAAGUAGAAAAGAUAGUGAGCCAGUCAACUGCUGUGAGAUACAUUUACUAAUAAAAUUGACCUCAUGGAAAAAUGA